UUUCUUCCACGGAACCAAGCUUGACCGCUGACGCUCUUUCCACCCUUCCAUUUCUUAAAUCCUGCCUCAUCCGUUUCCGGUCCCCGGUAUAGCGCGGCCGGAAGUGUAGGCCCAGGAGCCGGAGGGAGCCGCCAUCAUGGGCGACAAAAUGGAUAUGUCUUUGGACGACAUUAUCAAGCUGAACAGGAGUCAGCGAGGCGGAGGUGGCCGAGCCGGCGGUGGUCGAGGCCGGGGAAGAGGAGCUACAGGUCGAGGAGGAGGAGGAGCUGGGCGAGGAGGUGCUGGACGCGCAGGCGGAGGCGGCCCCGUCCGGAACAGAGCCGCUCUGUCCCGGGGAGGCGGCAGGAACAGGCCCGCGCCCUACAGCCGGCCAAAACAACUCCCUGAAAAGUGGCAACAUGAUUUGUUCGAGAGUUGCUUUGGCCCUGGCGCUGGCGUGGAAACGGGUGGAAAGCUCCUCGUCUCUAAUCUGGAUUUUGGUGUUUCGGAUGCAGACAUACAGGAGCUUUUUGCAGAAUUUGGGACACUAAAAAAGGCAGCAGUACACUAUGAUCGUUCUGGACGUAGUCUAGGUACUGCAGAUGUUCAUUUUGAGAGGAAGGCUGAUGCUCUGAAGGCUAUGAAGCAAUACAAUUGCGUUCCCUUGGAUGGACGUCCCAUGAACAUUCAGCUGGUUACAUCACAGAUAGAUACACAGAGGAGACCAAUACAGAGUGUAAGUAGAGGAGGCAUGACAAGAAACCGUGGUGGCUCAGGUGGCUUUGGCGGUGGCAACAGACGAGGCAGUCGUGGCAAUAGAGGCAGAGGCAGAGGUGCUGGCAGGAGUUCCAAACAGCAGCUCUCUGCAGAAGAAUUGGAUGCACAGUUGGAUGCUUAUAAUGCUAGGAUGGAUACCAGUUAAAUCUAAUGAUGCGUCACAUGCAUGGAAAGGACUGCAGACAUCUCAUUCCAUGCUCCCUAGUGGGAGGGAAAGGGUGUAUAGCGGCGGCUACUAAUAUCAAGAAUGGGAUUUGUUUUACUUUUAUGUUUUGAAAUAGGUUUUAAACUCAUGUAAAGGUUUCUUUCUUUUUUUUAAAUUCUGAAACAGAUCUGUUUUGUACCGAGUUAUUUUUGGGAAAAAUUUUACUGGUUGCCUGUUGGGCCAAAGUGGCUUUUUCACUUUGGCAGUAAUAAAAUAGAAAUGUGUCUAGA